UUAUAUACAAAAUGUUUCUAAAAGUGUAAACAUUUCAUUGCAAAUGUUAAAAUUUUAAACCUUUUGUGUCAAUAUUUUAUAUCCUCUGUGAGAGAGCUGACAGUAUGACAUCGAUAGAGUAUUUUAAAACAGAAAUUGAACGGUUGAAUAAAGAAUUACAGCAGGCAAGCUGCGAUAAAAUACGAGCCGCAGAAUAUGGCUUAGCCGUGUUGGAAGAGAAACAGACCCUGCAGGAACAAUACGAUGACUUAGAAACGGUCCUUGAAAACACAAAACAAGAGCUUGAAAGCUCAAAAGAGACACUUGAGCAAUUAAAAUCAGAGCAAUCAAAAUGGAACCGCUUUGGUGAUGUUCGUGAAGAAAACCUUGUACAGGAAAGUGAGACGAGGGAGGCAGGACUUCUGGCAAAGAUUACUGAACUUGAAUCAGACCUGAGAGUUGCAAACAAAGGAGAACGUCGUGCCAUGAACGAAGUAGACCGACUCUCCUCCCAAAAUGGCAAUCUCCUUAAAGAAGUUGAAAAACAACACGAAGAGUUAAAGAAGGUUAAAGGUGAUCUUCGAGAGAUUAAAACACGGAAUGCCAGACAUAAUCAGGAUUAUGCUGAGUUGGAGGAAGAAAAUACUAGUUUACAGUCUCAAUUAUCUGGUUUGAAAUCAAAACUGGUUGAGUACGAAGCUUUGAAAGUCGAGAACAACACGCUACGUGAGGAGAUGGAUGUUAUGAAAGUGCAAUUACAAAUGUCGACGGGAAAAACUGAAGAAUUUGAAAAACAACUAAAUGAGACCUUGGAUACACUGAAAAAACAACGUGAACGCAACAGCCAGUUACAAAAAGAGAUCCAAGAACGAAGCCAGCAACCAAGCGCUGAAACAUGGGAUAUGGAGAGUAAAAGUUUCUUGAACGAGGAUAUGACAGAUGAUGAACACCCAUUGGUUAAAAAGAUCACAGAAGAGUACCAUCAGACUACGGUAGAACCCAAGUCACCUGCACCCGGGUUGGUUGACGAUUUAAUGAAGGAACUACAGUUCUCAGAAUUACGGGAUUUAGAGGAUCAGUUGGUGCAGUUGAAUUCCGAGAAAGCGGCGCUUACAAACGCACUUGCGCAAAGGAAUAAAGAGGUUCUAAAACUCAAAGAAGAGUUCAGUGCAUUCUCAACUAUACAAGAUUCUCAGAAACUUCGUAAAGAGAUCCAAGGUGGGAACGCUGCACCUUCUACGAACGAUGUAUUUGUUUUGAAUAAUCAAAUUAAAGAACUUGAAGAGCUUAAAAAGAUUGUAAAGAACUAUCAUCACAAAGAGUCUAAGACUCAAAUGGUUAUAAAAAAUCUUCAUGUUGAGUUGGACGAAGUUCGAAGUAAGAACGCUUCCCUACAAGGCAAAGCUGAAGAAGCCGAUUUCUUGUGUAAUCGUGUCAAAGAAUUAGAAGAAAAGAUUUUAAAUUUAAAAACAAAAGAAGAAGAAUCUGACCAAACGAUACGAACUCUUCGAGAAGAUGUUCAUUCCAUGACGUCACUUGCUGGCGAGGCGAAAGGCAGUCUAACCUGCACACAGGAUGAAUUGAAGUUGGUCAGUGAAGAUUUAGCCAAGCUCUAUCAACAAGUUUGUACGGCUAACGGUGAUACCCCGAACCAAAUAGUGCUGGAACAUCUAAAGACUCUCUCUCCCCGGUACAAAUCAAAGAAGCAAAUGAUUACUUCUCCACUUAUAAACGGAGAGAUAAAAAAUAUCACCGAGGAAAAAAAUGUCCCCGACAAAAAUGGCGACGACCGAAAAGACGACGAAAAUCCCGAGGAGUCCGGGGAUCCACUGGCUUGUUAUAAACUUAUCACCGCCGUCCGCGAUCAGGUUCGUUUCCUUCGAAAAGCUGUCGAGAAGACCGUUGAUAUCUCGCGCGAAAGUCGCGAAGGUCCCACACAUCCCGCGGGUGGUGCCCACGAAGUGGAUGACGUGUCUACUGCGGACAGCGGUUCACUUCAAGAUCAGAUCUUAAAACUCCAAAAGCUUGCAGCAACAAAACGCGAACAGAUCACAACUUUACGCACCGUACUCAAGGCGAAUAAGUCAACUUACGAGGUUGCUCUGGCGAACUUGAAAAGUCGUUAUGAAAGCGAUAAAGCUCUGCAGAACGAGGUCAUCACCAAGCUGAAACGGAAUUUAAAAUCAAUGCAGGCAGAGUCGGCGACGUUUCAGUCGUUGCGCAGUAUGUUUGCUCAGAGGUGUGAGGAUUAUGUGGCUCAAGUUGAUGACUUACAGCGUCGUCUCACGGCCGCAGAGGAUGAGAAGAAGACGUUAAAUCAUCUACUGAGGCAAGCCAUUCAUCAAAAAAUUGCUCUUACGCAGAGAUUAGAAGAUUUCGAGUUGGCUCGAGAGAGAUUACGUGCAUACACACGACGGAACUUCAAACAAGCGCAGUCAAAACCGAGUACUCGUGUCUAGUUAAUGUCUGUCGAUUGUAGAUAGUCCUCGUGGAAUGACAAAAUACAAAUGAAUUUGUCACAGUGAAAUUCUUAACGUACUUUCUCAGUGAAACCAGUUUUAAGAUGUCAGCUGAGUGAUGCAGAAACUCUUAAGUUAAGAUUGCUUUUUAUAUAUCUUAGAUAUUUAUAAUUAUUAUCAAUAUUAUAUAGAACUAUAUAUGUCAACUGUAUAGCAAAACGAAGAUAGCUUUUAAGGUUUUUAAACGGGAUAUAGACGGAUUGCAAUCAAAUAUAUGCAAUAGGACAAUUGUGUCCGUAUAUUUGCUAUAUAAUGUAUUGUAAAUGAUAACUGAAUAACAAG